CCCGGCGAUUGUCUGGUGUUGACCGUGUUGCUGAACCUGCUGCCAAUUCUGCUCCCCGUGUCCCACGCUUGUUUGCCGGAUUACAGAUAUCUUCCAUCUCCGGGCGCAGGCUGCCCCAUCGCGAUACUUGUGUCUUCCUGUCUCCUACGCCAUGUCCAAUCUAUUUAGUUUCAAGCCACCGGCCUCCUCGGGAGCUCCAAGUGGUGGCUUGUUUGGAUCUGCUGGUGCUACAUCGAAUACUGGCUCUAGCGGUAGCGGACUCUUUGGAAAUAUAGGAGCAAGCGCAAGCGGCACCUCUUCGCCGUCCUUUGGGACUACAUCUGGCCCUGGCCAAGGCUCCUCUCCAUUUGGUGCUGGUGCCGGCAGCGGUAGCGGUGCUCCCACGUUUAGCUUUGGAAAUUCGACUGCCGGUGCGACUUCCGGUACACAAUCGCCGUCUCUGUUUGCUACUGGAUCACAAACACCUAACAAACCGACGGAGACGCCUGCACCAGGCUCAACCGCGCCCGGCGGAUUAUUUGGCGGCGCUAGCAAGCCUGCUGGAGGUGGUCUUUUUGGAGCCGCCACGGCAACUCCUGCGUCAUCUGGCACAAGCUCACUCUUCGGCGCUCAACCCUCAACUACCCCUGCCGGUCCUCCGCCACAAGGAAACACCCCAGCCCAGGGUCAAUCUCUCUUCGGGCAGCAAAAACCUGGGGGGCUUUUCGGAACAGCUACAACCUCAUCGGGAUCCCAGCCUUCUUCUAUGGCUCCCUCUACGUCAACCCCGUCACUCUUUGGAGGUGCCGGGCAGUCUACUGGAAGCAGCCUUCUCAAACCAACUACACAGGGAACACCGGGGAGUGCUCCGUCUUCCACUGCUGCUGGUGGCGGCUUAUUUGGAAAUUCUGGUGCGAGCAAGCCAACUGAGUCAACGACGACAACGACAAGUGCAGACAAUGCCGCGAAGCCACUCUUUGGAACCGCACCCGCCUCUGGCACACAAACGUCCACACUUUUCGCCCCAGCAUCAUCUGGUGCGGAUUCUGCGCCGAAGCCCGCUUUCCCCUCUCUCGGCAAUACAUCAAAUACUCAGACCACUGCAUCUACUGCUACUCCGCAAAAGCCUCUUUUCUCCCUUGGUGGGCCUGCAUCGUCCGCCACUUCUUCAUCGACACCAGCCGCUGCUCCUUCCGGUGGUCUAUUUGGCGGUCUUGGUGCUCCGAAGCCUGCAGAGACUUCAACAACACAGCCUGCAGCCCCUACAGGGGGGUUGUUUAACAAGCCCGCCGAGACUACGACUACCCAACCUCCAAGCACAUCUGCAACCACCACCACAACCGGUACUGACACCAAACCAUCGCUGACUGCGACGUCCGGAGCUACCACAACAUCUACCACCCCCGCAGCCACUGGCUUGGGCAGCACCACGACAACUGGGGCUCCCGCUCUCGGCGCAUCGACUGCUGGUCCGGUUCCUCCAGCUCAAUCGCGUCUAAAGAAUAAGACUAUGGAUGAGAUUAUCACUCGAUGGGCGACUGAUUUGACUAAAUACCAGAAGGAUUUCCGGGAACAGGCUGAGAAGGUUGCCGAAUGGGAUAGGAUGCUUGUCGAAAAUGGUACCAAGGUGCAGAAACUGUACGGCAGUACUGUGGAUGCCGAGCGUGCUACGCAGGAAGUUGAGCGCCAGCUUGCAUCUGUUGAGGGACAGCAAGACGAACUGACCUCAUGGCUCGAUCGCUACGAGCGCGAAGUCGAUGAAAUGAUGUCCAAGCAAGUGGGCCCUGGCGAGGCUCUUCAAGGCCCUGAUCAGGAACGUGAGCGAACUUACAAACUUGCUGAAAAACUUUCCGAACGUCUCGACGACAUGGGCAAAGACCUCACCAGUAUGAUCGAAGAGGUCAACGGCGCCUCGUCUACGCUGAGCAAAACCAACAAGGCCGAUGAGCCGAUUUCUCAAAUCGUUCGCAUCCUCAACUCGCAUCUCUCUCAGCUGCAGACCAUCGACGUGGGCACCACCGAACUUCAGGAGAAGGUUGCUGCUGCGCAGAAAGCUGGACAGUCGAUGUCCACACGCUUCGGGCACGGGUACAGCAUGUCAGGCAUUGGGAAUGGAAGUGCUGCUGAUGACUUUUACCGCUCUUACAUGGGACGUCGGUAAACAAGUUCCAUUGAUGUUCGAUUGUCUUUUUGAUGAAUACUAGGAGGAUAGUUCUAGGUAGGGAUGUGCAUGACGGACCGAUUUAUUGUGCAUGGUGACUGGAACUUACUAUUUACGGUGCUUCGUUCAAUAUGAAGGCUAUUGUCGGGGAGUCUAUACAUUUAGGCCUAAUGAUAUCUUAUUUUCUCUCGCAACGGAGCCGUCAGAUACCGAGUGGUGAAUUGAGAAGAGUGUCAAUUAUGUAGAAUACAUGAGGCAAAUACACCAGCGCUAGAUAAUGCGAUGAUAUGGACAGCGCAACUAGCGGGAUAUUCUUCACCUGCUAGCACCGACAACUUCAGCCUGGUUCGGGUUCAGAGAUAGCCGGGUAUAAAGAUCUAUUUCUUGUCCUGGGUGAAUUCGUCA